AUGUCCGACAACAAGCUUGUUAAGACCAUCAUGGAAGCCGCUACCAUCACUGGCUUAGCAGCUGGCAUCGGCUGGGCCGCAAAAAAGUGUUUUCCUAAUCGUGAUUUGAACAAUCGGUCAGAUUCUUCCUUGACAAAAUCAGGAAAUGAUCUCAUUGAGGACUACUUUAGCCUUGGAUACACCUACCCAGAAAUAGUGGCUUUUCUAUGUCUUUCACAUGGAAUAGUGAUCAGCCUUCGUCAAAUAAAGCGAAUAAUCCGCCAAAGGGGAUUACAAAGACGACGACAAAGCAGUGAUAUUCUGGAAGUCGUGAAUGCAGUAGAGGUGAGUAGCACAUUUAUCAGUCUAGCCAUUGAGAUCAACUUUGAAAUGAAGGCUCACUACGAUUGGAACGUCUCCAUAAUUUUUAUUACGCUAAAUUGUUUUCAUCUCCAACAGGACGAACUAACCGGUAGUGGUAGUUGUGUGGGUUAUAGGCAAAUGCAUCAAAGAUUACGGGAUGAUCACAGACUCGUUGUAAGCAGGUACCGAAACAACCUUUUUACUACUUUCAAAUCCCCAACCCUAACAUCCCCCGUCCAUUAUACAUCCAUAUGUAGUUGUCGGAUCACAUCAUUGUUGACUGAGUUGGGAAGGGGUAGAAAAAAACUGAACUAUAGGGAAACCACAAGAAUUAUUCUAGGUGUCCUAGACCCUAAUGGAGUGUCAAAUAGAAGGAAAGGAAGAUUACAGAGGAGGAGAUACUUUUGUAAGGGGCCAAAUUAUCUGUGGCACAUGGACGGAUAUGACAAAUUAAAGCCUUAUGGGUUUUGCAUCCACGGUGCUAUUGACGGCUACUCUCGCCGUAUACUUUGGUUGGAAGUUACUUCCACGAACAACGACCCGGCUGUUAUUGCGAAGUUCUUCGUUGACUUUGUACGCCAAGUCGGUGGGACUCCUCGCAUUGUUAGAGCGGACUGUGGAACCGAGAACGUUGUUGUUGCUGGACUACAAAGGUUUUUUCGUUCUCAGGCAACUGAUGACUUUGCAGGCAACAAGAGUUUUCUAUAUGGAAAGUCGUCGGCAAACCAGAGAAUAGAAGCUUGGUGGUCUUUUCUGAGGAAGUCAAAUUCAAGCUGGUGGAUAAACUAUUUCAAGGAUCUGCAAGAUGCUGGUAUUUUCAUGAAUGAUGACCCGCUGCAAGUUUGCAGGGCUUGCCUACAGUUCUGUUACACCACAGUGUUGCAGAAGGAAUUGUACAGAGUGGCACGUCACUGGAAUACACACAGGAUUAGACCCUAUCCAAAUCAAGAAACCCCAGCUGGCAAACCAGACAUGUUAUUCUUUCUUCCUGAAAUAACAGAUUCCAAAAAUUAUCAAACUGAAGUUGAGGAAGAUGAUUUGGACACAGCGGAUGAAAACUUCUGCAAGGAACGUGCACCCUUCGGUUGUCGUGAAGAACAUUCUGAGCUUAUGCUUCAUAUUAUGGAAGAAAAUAACCUCUCCUUGCCAAAAAAUGCAGAAGAUGCGCUUCAAUUAUACAUCACUCUGCUAGCAGAACUGCAAUCAGUUUUGUAGCUUUGAUUUUGAUUUUAAAUAGACUUUCGGAUUUAAUGUCAAAUUUCAAUUCUCUCAGACUACACAAAAUGCAUGUAGCAUUAACAACGUGGCACCUUAUGCGACCACAAAAAACAGUAAUCAAAGAAAUGGAAUUCUAAAGUCCAAAACAUUAACAGUUUCCAUUAUAUCGUUUCAACAUGGCGUUUAACUGCUGUCAUAUGUAUUUACAGCCACUAGGGAUCAACGUUGACAUUGUGAAUAAACAUUAACUUGACCAAAAAAUCACACGAUCACAUAAAACAGUUAUCAAAGAAAUAAAAUUCUAACGUCUAAAACAUUAACAGUUUCCUUUAUAUCGUUUCCAACAUAGCGUA